AAAAAAAAAAAAAAAAAGGUCAGAUUGCUACUUUCUGAACAAACAAAAAGAACUAAUAAGGCAAAAUCUGGGAUUAUUGAAUCCGCCAUCGGAAGAUCCCUUCCCUUCCUUUUCUUCUGACAUGCCCAACCAACAACAACAAAGAAAGAAGAAUCACUUUUAUCUUCUUCUCCUCACAAAACACUUGUGUUGUUGUCAGAUUGCUCUUCUUCGUCGACUUCUCUGUUCUCUCUCUCACGCAUAAAGCGUAACGGCUCAAGUCGGUGAUGUAGGUAACGUGAUUGAAUCUUCUUCCUCUUCUUCUUCUUCUUCUCCUUCUUAAGAAUUAAGACUUCAAAACUCAGAGGAGCCGCCUUAUUACACCUGUUUCAUUAGUAUCGUGAAUAUUCCACCUUUAUAAUUGCCCCCUGCCCUCCCCCAUCCCCUUAAGAUUUAAGGAAACCACAAGAAAGUUUCAAGUUUUUUCUAUAGCCAGCGAUAUAGGUAGGAGGUCGUCGUCUUUGAUCUUUUUAUUUAUUUGAAAACAANAAAAAAAAAAAAAAGCAAAAGUUUUUGAUGGGAGGAGGGAAUUCGAAAGAAGAGUCGCCAUCUCCAUCUUCAUCAUCAUGGGCUUCUCAUCAAAGUUACACUCAAUCUGGCCCUGGUAGCUACAACUACCCUCCUCCACCCACUUAUAAUUCUCCCGCUCCUUCUCCUGCUCCUGCUCCUCCUCCUGCUCCCAGUUUUGGCCAUCAUUUUCAGCAGCCUUAUACGUAUAGUCAAGAGGGGUAUCCAUCACAGCCUUAUACGUAUAGUCAAGAGGGGUAUCCAUCACAGCCUUAUAAUAAUAAUCCUCCUCCACAGAGUCCUGAUAGGAAGAAAUUUGAUCGGAGGUAUUCUUUAGUUUCUAUCCAGAGGGUAGAUUCUGUAAUGGAUUUGAGGAAGUAUUGGCUCGGUAUAGAGAAAUCGUGCCUCAGCUUAAGCUCGCAGGACCAACCUCUUUUGCCCCGAUCAUUGAAAUGGCAAUGACAGUGGUUGAGCAAAGUAGUGGCCAAUAUCAUGUGUUGGUGAUUAUAGCUGAUGGCCAGGUUACAAGAAGUGUCGAUACUGAACACGGGAAGCUAAGUCCGCAAGAACAGAAGACAGUUGACGCUAUUGUGAAAGCAAGUACGCUUCCUUUGUCGAUAGUCUUAGUCGGAGUCGGGGACGGACCAUGGGACAUGAUGCAGGAAUUUGAUGACAACAUACCUGCCCGAGCCUUUGAUAACUUUCAAUUUGUGAACUUCACAGAGAUCAUGUCAAAGAACAAAGAGCAGUCUCGGAAGGAGACAGAAUUCGCGCUCUCUGCUCUCAUGGAGAUUCCUCCACAGUACAAAGCAACCAUAGAGCUUAACCUUUUAGGGGGAAGAAAUGGGAGUAUCCCAGAGAGAAUCCCACUUCCGCCACCGGUGCAGAGUGGAUCAUCGAUCUAUAAUACCCGGAUACCGAGUUUUGAACCGAGUGUACCUACUUAUCCAAUUAGCAGUGGUGCAGACGAUAGCCAGCUAUGUCCGAUAUGUCUGAGCAACCCGAAAAACAUGGCGUUUGGUUGUGGGCAUCAGACUUGUUGUGAAUGCGGACCAGAUCUUAAAGUGUGUCCGAUUUGUCGUGCGCCGAUCCAGACCAGAAUUAAGCUCUACUAACAAGACACCAUUACCAUUGAUUGACACUCCAGACCCAUUUCUCCCAGAGAGUUUGAGAUCUUUCUGUAAAAAGAAUUGAAAAAAAAAGUGUUCUUUUGUUCUUUGAUUAAAUUCCUAAACUUUGUUUUGUUCUUAAAAUUUCUUUCGGCUUGUUUUAAAUUUUAUUGAUUCGAUUGUAAGAAUUAUGUAUCUCUAUCUCUAUGUGAGCAUUCUUGAAUUUUUCAAGAUUCGAGACUGAA